ACCCUAUUUUUCUCCGUUCUCCUCUGCCAAACUCCUGCCUUGAAAGUUCGCAGAGCCGCCGUCAAAAUCGAAGAAUCAACUAAAAAUGUCUACCGGAGAGGAAGGUCACAUGGCGGUGGCAGAGAGAGGCACUAGAAAGAGGAGAGUCGGCACAAAGAAUGGUGGAAAGUCGAAGAAGAAGAAGCUAAAGACACGACCUCCUUCAUCUGACAGGUUUAAGCUCACCAUGAAGGACAAAAAGAUCUUUCAAAAGAGAGCGCGAGACUACAAUUCCGAUGAAGACGACGAAGAUGAAUCGACGAAGCCGCCAGAAGUAACUAUUCGCGAGAAGAUAUUCUCUGAUGCUAACAUGGGGCCAAAUUACGAUGAAAUUGAAGAUGAAGAAGGCUCGGAUCCGGAGGAUAAUUCCGAUGGGGAAGACCAUGGAGAGAUUCAAUCUGGAAUCACCAGGUUUGCCACUGAUGGAUGCAACGCCUUCAGAACCGCUUUCAAGGCAAUCAUGAAGAAGACCAAAGGAGAUGAUACCUUGGGUCCAGUUUUAUCAGCACAUAAGCAUCUUAUAGCUCAGAAGCUAGCUGAAGAGGAAGCUGAAAAGAAGGCCAAGGGUCAGGCCAGAAAGGCAAAACAUUUGGUUGCUGAGAAAGGACAUGUUAAACCUGCAAGCUAUUUGGAUUCCCAUGAAAAGAUUCUUAUAGGUGUUGCCACCAAAGGAGUGGUCAAGCUUUUCAAUGCUGUAAACAAGGCUCAACAUGCUCAGAAGGGUUUGAAUGCUUCAAGGUCAAAAGACGCUAAAGUGUUAAAAAAGCGAAGAAAAGAAGCAUUCUUCUCAGAGUUAGGGAAAACUUCAAAAACAGACUCCAAGGCCCAAAACUCUUCGAAUUCUCAUGAAGACGAAGCUCCUGCUUGGGCUCCUCUACGUGAUAAUUACAUGUUAGCAAACCCAAAGCUUAAGGACUGGGACAAAAAACAGGAAACAAGCGAGGGAGAUGAUUUUGCCGCAAUGUCAGGAGAUGAAAGUUAUGAAGACUGAGCUACUAGUAGUGGGUAGUACGGGCAAACUUUUUUUGUACCAUGCAUUUUGUUUGAUGAAUAUGAAUGAAUUUAGUUUUUUGAUAGUGCAAAAGGAAUUUGAAAACAAGAUAAUGUUAUAUCAAAAUAUUUAUAGAAAAUGAGGUUAUGAUU